CCCGGAUUCCCACGACACGUGAAGGCAGCAGUGGUCUGGGUGAGCUCAGCCUUCCUCGCUGACUUGUAUCGAUGAAAUUGUUUCAAAGAUGGCGGACUUCCUGCCGUCCCGCUCCAUUUUAUCUGUAUGUUUUCCUAACUGUGUCCUUACGAACGGCGAGGUUGAGCAGCUGCGGAAGUCGAAGGAGAUAGAUAAGUGCAUUAAUCGAGAUAAGUUUUACGUUAAAAGGCUAGUAAAGAUCUUACUGCUUGGAGCGGGCGAGAGCGGCAAGUCCACUUUCCUCAAACAGAUGCGUAUUAUCCAUGGGCAGGACUUCGAUCAGAAGGCCAAAGAAGAAUUCAAAGCUACAAUUUUUAGUAAUGUUAUUAAAGGUAUUCGAGUGUUGGUGGAUGCUAGAGAAAAACUGCACAUCCCAUGGGGCGACCCGAUCAACCAGAAGCAUGGAGACAAAUUGAUGGCCUUUGAUACUCGAUCAGCAAUGGCCCAUGGUCAUGGCAUGGUUGAAACCAAAAUUUUUCAGCACUACCUACCUUCCAUUAGGGCACUGUGGGCUGACCAGGGCAUCCAGAAUGCCUAUGAUCGCCGGAGGGAGUUCCAGUUGGGAGAGUCAGUCAAGUAUUUCCUGGACAAUUUGGGAAAGCUCGGACAGUCGGAUUACCUUCCCAGCCAGCAGGACAUUCUUCUGGCUCGAAAACCCACAAAGGGGAUCCAUGAGUACGACUUUGAGAUCAAAAAUGUGCCCUUCAAGAUGGUGGACGUUGGUGGCCAGCGCUCAGAGAGACGGCGCUGGUUYGAAUGCUUUGACUCCGUCACUUCAAUCCUCUUUCUUGUUUCGUCCUCUGAAUAUGACCAGGUGCUGAUGGAAGACCGGCAGACGAACCGGCUGAGCGAGUCCCUCAACAUCUUCGAGACCAUUGUGAACAACAGGGUGUUCAGCAACGUCUCCAUCAUCCUGUUUCUGAACAAGACGGACCUGCUGGAGGAGAAAGUGAAGCAGGUCUCCAUUAAGGACUACUUCCCAGAGUUCUCCGGCGACCCCACCUGUCUGUCAGACGUCCAGUUCUUUCUCGUGGAGUGUUUCCGCAAGAAGCGCCGCGAACAGCAGCUGAAACCACUGUACCACCACUUCACCACAGCCAUCAACACAGAGAACAUCCGGCUGGUGUUCCGCGACGUCAAGGACACCAUCCUGCACGACAACCUCAAGCAGCUGAUGCUGCAGUGAGCGACCGGAUCAAACCGGGGCAGGGAGGGGUGAGGAGGGCUGGGUCCGGGCAGACAGAAAUGGGCAUCACAGUGCCUUUUCCCUAAUGGCGGCCCAUCGUUGGAGCGGCCUUAAUGUAGACAUUUUGAACUCAGACUGUGUAUUAAAGCCACCACUACUACAGCCAUCCCCCCACCACGCUCUGCCUUACUGAGUUUUUCUUCACUCUGACUGUUUAGAGCAACUGUGACUGAGAGCUGCAGCCUUAUUCUGACUCAUCAAACCACUGUAAAAAACUUAAAGCCUGGUUUAUACUUCAUGACAAGUCAGAAAUUGUCUCGCUGACGUGGUUGCAUGACAAAAAUAGCCUCUCGCACUGUCUCGUGCACCAACCCCUGACAACUACUUUUUGCAAGAAGUGUGCCAAGUGUGUGUCCGACCAUUGUGGAUGUGUGUGUUUGUGAAAAGUGGCCGCAGUAUGUGGAUCUCAUUGCGGCUUGCUGAGGAUCAGCUGACUGGGGCUGUUAGAAAAUACAGCUGUCUUUACCACACUUCCAGCAGCAUUUGUAAAAUUAGCCAAAAUAAAAUUGAUAAAUAGUGAAAGAACUUUAGAAAAAGGAGAUCAUUUGUGCAUGGAUCAGAGAGCUCACAAACAGGUGGGUCUUCUGUCUGAGGCAGAGGGCUCCUCCUCCAGGCAGCCAUGGCUGUGUUAAGAAGUGYACCAUGGCAGGGCAGUGUAGACACAUUCCUGUCUCUGUACACGUUUACAAAGCAGCACAUCUGACUAACAGAAAUGACAGAUCUUCCUCUAAACAUCCACUCUGCCAAACAUGGCACUGUGGUGUCGCUGUUUGUGCUGCGGAGGGAGGACAACAGGAGAACUUAGCAGGAUUUCUCCUCCACAGUUUUUCUUUCAGUAUACAUUAUCCAUGUGAAAAAAGUCUCACAAUCACGUCAGCGAGAUCUGAUGUCUUAYAUCUUAUGGAGUAUAACCAGAGCUGAAGAACCACCACUCUCUGUCUCCCCAUCUACACUUCCCCUAAAGCGAGUAUGUCACUGGACUGCMACUGUUGGAGAUUGUGAGAAGAGUCGCAAUUAAUUUUCUUGUCAUGUCGUUGAAUUCUGAGUGUUUGUGWUUGCUGUUCAUGCAUCUGUGUUUAGAGUGGCCAGUUUUUGAAAAUUGUGACUUAAUUCUACRUGCAUGACUUGCAUCUGUAUUCUAGACCGUGCACAGUAUUUAGUUGCGGACCUCUGCCAAAACUGGACCUGCCUCAGCCUCCUUUGUACUCACUUCAGCAGCCACCCACAUUCAUGAUUUAAUGUACACUUAGAAAAUGAAGAGUUAGACCAGGGUUUUUUGUUUGUUUAGUUCUUUGUAUUUUUUUAUCCUUGGUGUAGAUCUGGACAUUUGAGGCUGUAGACUCAGAUGUUUUCAACUCAUAAGGCGAGCUAAUGUGCAUGUGUCAAAAUACAGUUUUGAUCGGAACAUGAGGACUUCAUUAUGAAUGGGCAUUUUAGGUAAAAACACUUUUUAAACAUACUGAUAAUAAUUCAGAUUUUAGAAUAUUUAACCCUCCACCACAACAUCUGUCCAGUUUUCUGGCMUUUUCCAAUCCUCCUAAUCUGGUCCAGUUACCAGCUGUGGCCUUAAACAUAGGACCAAAUUGCAGUGAUUCAUGCUUCUCACACAGUCUGCCUUUUCUGUCUUAUUCUGCUGCAGGACUUAAAUAAUAAAACACAAGUUUUAGCACAACAAGAAAACUGCAAGAGCAGACAAAUGUGUCUUAAUGGUGCAACUCGCAGCUGAGUAYGUGGAGGAACCCCUGCAAACGUUUCGAGACAUUUUGUAGCCUUCCCCACAACUUGUUGGCCAGCUCGUCUCCAGCAGGCGCAGUCCAGUGAGAUACCAGCUUAACAUCCUUUAUCGUACCUUCCUGUGUAUUCCUAUCCAUACAUUUAGCUUUAAACUUGCUUCUCUUCUCUGUUUGUGGGGGAGGCGAUUGUUUCAAAUCAGCUAAGCUGCCUACAGGUGUCAAACAAAUGCUAAAUCCUGUGCCUUCUUUUGUAAAACUCACUUGGUUGUGUGUCAUGUUUGCUCACAAACACACAGAUAGGAACUCCUCUUUCUUAGUCCACUUCUAGUUUGUUUCUAAUCUAUGAACCUACUGUAUGUACCUAUGCAUUUUUCUUUAAUUUAUGUGUUUUUGAAGUUUACACUUCGGGGACUUGUGACUUCUGAUGAACACUGUUACAGUUUAUUUAAAGUGGGGGAGAACUGACAGAAGCACUGUGUUAAAACCUGAGAUGUGUUUGGCCUUCUCUCGGGGCUCAGUAUUAACCAGUUCUCUGUCAUUUGAAGCCAACAGAGCUGCUAUGACCAUGCCCUGACACAUUUGAAAGGUUUUUUCUCUGCCAAAAGUCUCCUUAAGCUUCAAAAGCAAAAUAAAAAUGUAGUCGUCCUUUAAAGUGAGCAAAUGUUUCCGUGAGGAUCUGGACUGAAAUGCCCCAGGUUCUUCCUGGUAUUAAAAGAUUUUGUUAACUGGACAGCUUUGCCUUCAUGCUUGCCAGUAAUUGUUUUGCCUCAGUUUGGGCCAUAUGACGGGCAUAGAGCUGCAGCAAUCAGGACGUCAGAACAAGUAUCUUCCUAGUUCAAAGUUUCUGUAAUUGUCAGUGGAAAAAAGACAAUUGCAUCUGCUUAAGAUCUUAAAUUAUCAAUUUUCUGAGAUUUUCUUGGGAAAAGUUGAAUCAAGAAAAGUAAGUUCCUUAAUUGUUAAGAAUAUUAGAAAUUUAAUGUGCAAACUGAAAAAAGUUCAGACCUGGGGAAAGCCCAAAAGAUUUUUUUUCUUCUGACGAAAUUGACCGUAUCGUCAGAAGUGGUGAUUAUGAGGCACGAAAUGUCUUAAUUUUCUCUGUCCUGAAGAGCCACAGUGAUGCCAAGAGAAUACUGGCUUCCUGCUCUGCUUUAUUCACAGUUCAAUCUUUGAGGGGAAAAAAAAGUUUAAACUUCAGUUUUGAUUUACUGUGUAAUAGUGCAAAAAUGUUUGAUUUGAAGCUGCRAGCUAAACUCUGAGCUGAAUCAUCUGUAGCAUGUAGCUUUAAAAACUGUCCAUCCUGAAAGUGCUCCGAAGUUUGAACUUUCUACRUGUUUUAGAUCUGAAUCGUCUGAACCAGAAGCGUGUGGGGUCCUGUGGUCUCCUGUGGAGGUGAUGGUAGAUUAUUUGUCCAGGUUGAAGAUGGUCACAUCCAAGCCUUAUUCAAUCCUUUAGUUUUUUUUUUUUAACCACAAAGUGUUGUGUAAUAAAGUAACRGUGGUGAGGCUGUGCUGUCUCGAA